AUGCUCAAUUUCGGACUGAGCAGCGUACCCGUGGCUGCAGAGCGUCAGCAGCGAAUGCUCCGAACAAUCGGACACAACCUCGCCGUCAUCAACACGGAGACCUGCCGUUCCCUACAAAGCACCGAGGUGCAACGACACCCGGACCACGAGGCUCUUCUCACUGCUGUCGUCCUACAAGGCAUCGUGGUCGCCCAGACUGCCGAUGGAGUGCUCGAGCCGCAUAUCAAGUGCGCAUUAUUUCUCAUGCAGACCUUAAAUCGUUUUCACCAAAUCCCGGAGAGUCCUCUCGCUCGCAUGACAGCUCAGCGCUUCGCGAUGGUUGAUGUGAUGCUGGCCGUCUCUCGACAGCGUCGACCGUAUGCGCCCCGGGAUUUUGUGUUAUAUCAGCCCGAUGGCCCGCGGUGGGAUCUGACGGAGCCCUCGUUUCACAAGAUGACGGGCUGUCCUCAGCCCUUGAUGUGUUUUCUUGUGCGAGUCUCACACCUGGCCUGUGAUGUGGACGAGGGACUUGAGAAGGGCGGAUCUAUGGACAGUGUUCUCGGUGAAGCAUUUUGCCUCGAGAAUGAGCUUCGUGCUUGGGGAUUGGGAUACACGGGGACGAUCAUGGAUACCCUUGCACCACUCGAUAUUCUUACAGAAUGUUUCUACUGGACCGCCCAUCUGCUACUUGCACGUCGUGUGUUCCGGGAUGCCACCUGCUCGGCGCGGGUGCAGCACUUAUCGCAUACCUGUUUUCGCCUGAUGGACCACCUAUACACCGGCUGCGGGCCCGAUUCAUCUCUCCCACAGCCCUUCUACCUGGCCGCCCGAGAAGCCGUCACGCCGACCGAUCGUGACUGGGUGCGGCGGAAGCACGAGGAGAUGACGGCGUACUACCGCGAGCAACAGCGCAACCUGGCGAUGUCGCUGACGGAGCAGAUCUGGCAGCAGACCGACACAUCGGCCACUCCUGAGGGGGCGAUCAAGGCGCUGGACCGGGAGUCGUGUUUGUUUAUAUUCUGA